CAACAGCCCUAGCCCCCGACCACUCAGAAUGCACGGGCUAUAAGAAAAUAUCUUUGUGCGUCUAGCACUAUGUCGGGGAGACGACUUCUCGAUGCAGCAGCAUUGUUCAAUGCGUCCCGCGGCAUUGCAAGGAAGCAUGUAGCGUUGCGGCAGGAACAGUUCGAUCGUUUUACCAAGACUUCAAGCAUCGCCAAAGCCGUUAAAUCAGAAGCUGCACGCUAUACUGAAACCGCGAAGGCCGCUUCUUUUUUGGCAUCACGAUUGAACGAGGACAAGCCGCAAUGGGCCUCAGAAGCGGCAGACUUAAACCUGGGCGACUCGGCACAGAAGGUUGCGCCUCAUCCUGGCCCCGAAGGCGCCAAACCAAACGAAGCGCGGCAUAUUAUACAAGAAGAAGCUAGCAUCCCUAGUCGUCCGGAUGGCACGAUAUCUCCAAGCAAGCCAGAUAUUGAGAAACUCGAGAGGGACCGUAGUAUCUUGUCAGAACAACCCCCCAAGGCGGCAAAUGCGCAUCCUAGCCAGCCAAUCGAACCCAGCCCUCAUAGUCUGGAUAAUCACUUGACAUCGGAUGAAGCGAGACGAUUACAACGGAGUUAUGAGAAUCAAGUUCCCUCAUAUGUCGCAGAUGGGAAGGCCGACACUUCACGAAAUGACACAGCCAAUGGUUUUGACAACGAUAGCUCCUACAAGCCAUUGCAGUAUAACUCACCCAUUCUGUCUUCGUUGCCCAGGGUUAAGGUUCCGAAACAUCCCAGCCAUGUUCAAGCAGACGAUGCGCACCUGAACAACCAGGGCUUAAACUCAGAGUCUUAUUCGUCUCCUGUUCAAACCCCAACAGCCAGCGCAGUUGGAAAAAUGGACACUCUCACAGAAGAAGAAGAGAUCCCAGAGGGAAUAAAUACUGCGGUCUUUUCUAGCUCCCGCGUUGCUAAGUCAUUGGGCGGAAGAACGCAUACCAACGUUAGGAGCUCCGAGAAAGUUACUCCACAGCCUACCCCUACUCAGAUACCUGGGGGGGUUCCUUCCAAAGCUGCUCAGCAACAUGACACGUUAACUUCUGAUGCCGAGGUUAGGAGUUCAGAGACAGUGCUGGAGCAGGAAGAUGAAGACUCGCUGAUCAAAAUAAUCGCAGAAGCUAGCGCACCAAAGGCCGUAUACGAAAUGCGAGAGUCUAAAGUUCCAUCUUCCAGAAUGGGGAGGUUGUGGAAUUAUGGCGGACUAGCAGCGGGUAUGUUCGGUGGCGCUAUUGGCGAAAGCCUUCGUAGAGUCACCGGCAGCGGUGGAGAGGGUUCAUUCAUGCUGAGCGCCGCGAACAUGGAUAGGCUAGUUGCCAAACUGUCUCGAAUGAGAGGAGCAGCACUUAAGAUGGGUCAAAUGUUGAGCUUUCAAGAUUCAAAAAUGCUCCCUGGGCCAAUCCAAGAGGUCUUGCUCAGAGUGCAGGAUAACGCAGACUAUAUGCCCUCGUCUCAGCGGAAUAAAGUACUUGCUGCUGAUUUGGGUGCAGACUGGCGUACUUUAUUCGACACGUUCGAUGAGAAACCAAUAGCUGCCGCCUCCAUUGGGCAAGUCCACACUGCUACUUUGAAAUCUACGGGAGAGCGAGUAGCUGUGAAAGUACAGUACCCUGGAGUCGCAGAUUCUAUAGACUCGGAUCUGAGCAACCUCGCCGUGCUUCUCACAGCAUCUCGGUUGCUUCCGAAGGGACUCUUCCUGGACAAGACUAUCGCCAAUGCGAGAAUAGAGCUUGGCUGGGAAUGCGAUUAUCUACGAGAGGCACAAUGCGGCCGGCGAUUUCAAGAAUAUCUUGCUGACGAAACCGACACCUUCAUAGUUCCGAGGGUCAUCCCUGAAGCUUCUGGGAAGCAAGUCAUAACAAUGGAAUUUAUGGAGGGAGUAGGCGUUACAAAGAUCCAGGACCUCACCCAGGAGCAGAGAGACUGGAUUGGCACGAAUAUUCUCCGCCUCUGUUUGCGCGAGAUCACAGAGUUCCGGUUCAUGCAAACUGAUCCUAACUGGACCAAUUUUCUCUUCAAUGCCGAGAAGAACAAAUUAGAGCUCUUGGAUUUUGGCGCCUCGCGAGAGUAUCCAGAAGAGUUUAUUACGAAAUAUACACAGCUUUUAAAUGCUGCGUCAAAGUCUGACGAGGAAACAGUACGCAAAUUUUCGGUCGAUCUUGGCUACCUCACAGGCCAUGAAUCUAAACCGAUGGUCGAUGCACAUAUUGCGUCCGUCAUGACUCUGGCUGAGCCAUUCCUCGCAACUUCUCCGGAGGUGUACGACUUCAGAGAUCAGACUAUUACCGAAAGGGUGAAGGGUUUAAUACCUCUGAUGAUUAAAGAGCGGUUGGCACCACCGCCGGAAGAGACCUACAGUCUUCACAGGAAGCUGAGCGGAGCUUUCCUACUUUGUGCACGUUUGGGAAGUCAAGUUCGCUGUAGAGAGCUCUUCGUGAAUAGUAUGAACAAGGGCGGAUAUAAUUAGGUUGUACAACACUGUAAUAAUACAGAUGCAUUGGCAAGGGUAUGACAAUAUGUAGACAUAAGU